GGCCUGUGUCGUCUCCCAGAAAAGGCCGAGGCGGCAGCUCUGCGCGGGGCGAGGAGGACAGCGAGCGCGCCCGCCCGCCCGUGGGGGAGAGGGAAGGCUGCCUUCCCCGCACCGUGCGCGCCGAUACACUGAGACCCAGCGGCUGGCGGGUGUGGUGUGAAUAAGCAGCGCCUCGGCGCCCUGGGCGCGCCUCUUGCGCCUCUUUUCCGUUUGCAUUGGCCUCGCAGCUUCAGCCUCAGAGCGCCGGCCGCCCGUGCCGCGCCGCUCCGUGCCGCGCUCGUGGUCGCCCUUGCUGCUGCUCCCUGCAGUGGAGACAGCGCAUCCUCGCGCGGAGGCAGCAGCGCGACCUCGGCUUUCUGGCGGACAACACCUCCACGGAUCUACCUGCUCGCGGGAGAGAUGAUCUGGGAAAGGGGAUCUCCCCUCUUCUGACCUGCCAAGCGCCCCCUGCUCUUCCUCUCUCUUCCCCGCCCUCGUUCGGCUCGCCACUGAUUCAUUGAUUGGUUCAUCUUUUGGGGGUUAAUGCUCCAUCCAUCCCAAGGGCAAACAGCAUUGCCGUCCCAGCAGUCUCAGCAGUCCUACCCGUUUGGCUCACCCGAGCAGGGGAGAGGAUGCUCAGCCCGAGGCGGUCUCUGAUCUGAGUCGGGGGCUUCCAAUACACGCACGUCAACCGAGGCUUUGGGGUUCGCUGCUCUCCGCUUUUCCCUUCCCCGUUGCAGCGCGGCCGUUCUCGCCUUGAGGAGGAAGAACUAGCCAAAAGGCUUUGGGGUGGUCGGCUUGUUUGUGGUUCUCCAAACCAGUUGGCAGGGGCACCUUCUCGAAAUCGGAGGGGAACAAACAAUGACCCAUCCGGCUUUCAAGUGCCUCCAGCGCCGCUCCUUUGCUUGCCCACUGCAACAUCUCUCCAGAUGACCCACGAAUAGGUAGUUGCCCACUAGGGCAACAUUCAGAAUGACGAUUCUGGGUGGUUUCGCAUUGCUUCCCCGGGAGUAUUUCAAGCGACUGGAUAUGCUGCCUCUUUAGUACCUUGCUGACUACCAGACCCUCUUGCAGUGGGAGGAUCGCCCUGACCAGAGAUAAAAGAAGGACUUGCAGUGGUGGCCUCUUGAUGCUUGCAAAGUUGCGUUCCUGCUAGAUGAUGAUCUUGGCUUAAGGUGGAGGAGGAAGAACAGUAGUAAUCUAGGUGCCUUUUCCUCCUUUGCUUUCUAUGCAUGCCAGUGUCGUGCUCUCAGUUAUUCAUGCGCCAGCAAGUGGCCAAAGCACCGCAGACUUGAGAGAAAAUGACAGAACAGGAAUGCCUGCCAGAAGAGCAACCUUCCAUAGGGAGGGGAGCUUGCCUCCUAGCUCUGUGUGUAGCUAUUUAAAGCCUGCAGGCAGAAAGAAUUGACCUAUUCUCAUCCUCUGGAGGGAAGGGGAUGCAACGGGCUGUCCAGCUGGCUUCAAAGAGCAAUUUGAAUUCCAUUAUCACUGGGAACUUUGUUUUAAUUGGAGUCAGGCAGGACGAACGUGUCAAAAGUGCUUGAAAUUUUGCCUCUCUGUAUGCCUCCCCCUGACACUGUACUCCUUGCCAUAGUGUGAGAGAUGUGGCUGGGAAGCGUCGGCUCUUCCUUGCCAUGAGUGGGACUCCAUGUGGUUGAUUCCCUCUCCCUGCCUUAUAGCCUGUUCUACAAUCCCUCCUCCUUAUCCUCUGCCCUAGCAGGGCAUGUCCCGCUCUAACAGUGUCAGCCCUCCGGGGUCUGGAGCCCCUACUGCGCCCAGUGGUGGAGGUGCAGAACAGCAUCGCUCUGCCUGGGGAGAAGCUGACUCCAGAGCCAAUGGAUAUUCCUACCCUCCUCCUUCCAGGGCCUCAGUCAAGAAAGCAUCGCGUAUGGCAAGCAGGUGGAGGAGUGAGGAAGAGUAUGAUCUGCCGAGCAGCAGGAACCAUGGGGUAACUGGCUGCAGGAUGAUGAGCUUCAGGUCCAAAUCUGCGUGGCAGGAUCAUGGGGACGACAGGAGCCUGCCAUCACGCAGGGCAGGAGACCCUUCCCUUGCCACGAGUCCUAGGCGCUACGGUGGGGAGCAGGGAGAAGUGCGUCCGCGGUCUGUGGAGCUGGGGCUGGAGGAGAAGCGAAUCAAGGCCAAGAUUGAUGAACUGGCAGAGGAGGAGGACCAGCUGGACGACGAGGCUGGGUCUGAGGUGGCCUUCUCCAUGGGCAGCUGCUGUGGCAGCCUGCUGCACAUCUUCAGGUCGAAGAAGUUCCAGUCAGAAAAGCUGGAGCACCUCUACCAGCGCUAUUUCUUCCGGCUCAAUCAGAGCAGCCUGACCAUGCUGAUGGCAGUGCUAGUCUUGGUGUGUCUGGUCAUGCUGCUCUUCCACACAGUCCAUGGCCACUACCAGGUGCCCUAUGUGGUGGUGCUGUCUCUGGCCAUCCUGCUGAUGGUGACCUUGGGUGCUGUCUGCAAUCGCAAUGAUUUCCACCAGGACCAUAUGUGGCUCAUGUGCUACUCUGUCAUUUUGGUGGUGUUGGCGGUGCAAGUGGUCGGCUGCUUGCUGAUGCAGCCCAGGAGUGCCUCGGAGGGCAUCUGGUGGACUGUCUUCUUCAUCUACAGCAUCUACACCUUGCUGCCAGUCAGGAUGAGGGCUGCCGUUAUCAGUGGUGUAGUGUUGUCUGCCAUUCACCUGGCCAUUUCUCUCAAAAUUAAUGCAGAAGACGAAUUUUUAUUGAAACAGCUGGUGUCCAACAUCCUCAUCUUCACCUGCACGAACAUUGUUGGGGUGUGCACACACUACCCAGCAGAGGUGUCCCAAAGACAGGCAUUCCAGGAGACCAGGGAAUGCAUUCAGGCUCGCCUGCAUUCUCAGAGGGAAAACCAGCAGCAGGAGCGCCUCCUGCUCUCUGUACUUCCUCGCCAUGUUGCCAUGGAGAUGAAAGCUGACAUUAAUGCCAAAAAAGAAGAUAUGAUGUUUCAUAAAAUUUACAUCCAGAAGCAUGACAAUGUCAGCAUUCUCUUUGCAGACAUUGAGGGAUUUACCAGUCUGGCCUCCCAGUGCACUGCUCAGGAGCUGGUGAUGACGCUGAAUGAACUCUUUGCCCGAUUCGAUAAACUUGCAGCUGAGAAUCACUGUUUACGUAUAAAAAUCCUAGGAGAUUGCUAUUACUGUGUGUCUGGACUUCCCGAGGCAAGAGCAGACCACGCACACUGCUGUGUUGAAAUGGGAAUGGAUAUGAUAGAGGCUAUCUCAUUAGUGCGAGAGGUGACGGGGGUCAAUGUGAACAUGCGUGUGGGGAUCCACAGCGGGAGAGUCCACUGUGGAGUCUUGGGCCUUCGGAAAUGGCAGUUCGACGUGUGGUCAAAUGACGUCACAUUAGCCAAUCACAUGGAAGCUGGCGGCAAAGCAGGGCGCAUCCACAUAACAAAGGCUACACUGAACUAUCUGAAUGGUGACUAUGAAGUGGAGCUGGGUUUUGGAGGGGAACGGAAUGCGUACCUCAAGGAGCACAGCAUAGAGACCUUCCUCAUUGUGCAAUGCAGCCAGAAAAGGAAAGAUGAGAAAGCAACAAUAGCCAAGAUGAACCGCCAGCGUGCUAAUUCCAUCGGGCACAACCCACCACACUGGGGAGUGGAUCGCUCCUUUUACAACCAUCUUGGCACUAACCAAGUUUCCAAGGAGAUGAAAAGAAUGGGUUUUGAAGAUCCAAAAGACAAGAAUAUCCAAGAAAGUAUGAAUCCAGAAGAUGAGGUGGAUGAAUUCCUAGGACGUGCUAUUGAUGCCAGAAGUAUUGACCGGUUACGGUCUGAACAUGUUCGCAAGUUUCUAUUAACUUUCAGGGAGCUUGACUUGGAGAAGAAGUACUCCAAACAGGUGGAUGAUCGUUUUGGUGCAUAUGUGGCUUGUGCCUCCCUAGUCUUCCUCUUCAUCUGCUUCGUUCAAAUCACAAUCGUUCCACACUCCACAUUUAUGCUGGGAUUUUACUUGACCUGUUUUGUGAUCCUGACGACAGUAGUGUUUGUUUCUGUCAUUUACUCCUGCGUAAAGCUUUUUCCAGCUCCACUCCAGACACUGUCACGGAAGAUUGUUCAGUCCAGGACCAAUAACACUAUAGUUGGGGUCUUUACCAUUGUAUUAGUUUUCCUCUCAGCCUUUGUCAACAUGUUCACAUGCAGUACCUUGGACCUCCGUGCUUGUGUGGCUGCAGAGUAUAACAUCACUCCGCACGAGGUGAACGUGUGCCAUGUCAGGUACUCUGCUUCCAACCACAGCCUAGGGACAGCUCAGGGGCUCUGUGCCAGCUCCCAGCCAAGCUGCAACUUUCCAGAGUAUUUUACCUACAGUGUCUUACUGAGCCUCCUGGCCUGCUCCGUAUUCCUCCAGAUCAGCUGCAUUGGGAAACUCAUCUUGAUGUUGAUUAUUGAAUUUAUAUAUGUCCUCAUUGUGGAAGUCCCGGGGCUUACACUCUUCAAUAACGCAGAUCUUCUGGUUACAGCCAAUGCCAUUGUGUUUUCCAAUGCCACUGGGAAUGAAAUAUGUCCUCCAAGCGUAUCCAGAGUGGCCUUGAAGAUAGUGACCCCUGUAGUUAUCACAGUUUUCGUCUUGGCGGUAUAUCUCCACGCCCAGCAGGUGGAAUCCACAGCCCGGCUUGAUUUCCUUUGGAAGCUGCAGGCUACUGAAGAAAAGGAGGAAAUGGAGGAGCUGCAGGCCUACAACAGACGGCUUCUCCAUAACAUCUUGCCAAAGGACGUCGCAGCCCACUUCCUCGCACAGGAACGGCGGAACGACGAGCUGUACUACCAGUCCUGCGAGUGCGUGGCCGUGAUGUUUGCCUCCAUCAGCAACUUCUCAGAAUUCUAUGUAGAAUUAGAGGCCAACAAUGAAGGUGUGGAGUGCCUGAGGCUCCUCAAUGAAAUCAUUGCUGACUUCGACGAGAUAAUAAGUGAGGACCAGUUUCGCCAGCUGGAAAAGAUCAAAACUAUAGGCAGUACGUACAUGGCUGCGUCUGGCCUUAAUGAGUCCACCUAUGACAAAGUGGGCAAAACGCAUAUCAAGGCCCUGGCUGACUUUGCAAUGAGGUUAAUGGAUCAAAUGAAGUACAUCAAUGAGCAUUCGUUCAACAACUUCCAGAUGAAAAUAGGGCUCAAUAUUGGCCCAGUAGUCGCUGGGGUGAUAGGCGCACGUAAGCCCCAAUAUGAUAUUUGGGGGAACACUGUGAAUGUAGCCAGUCGCAUGGACAGCACAGGAGUGCCCGACAGGAUUCAGGUGACCACAGACAUGUAUCAGGUUUUAAUGGUGAACAACUAUCAACUAGAGUGCCGAGGGGUCGUUAAAGUCAAAGGUAAAGGAGAAAUGACCACCUACUUCCUAAAUGAAGGCCCACCAGCAAGUUAGCAGCAGUGGAAGAAAUGACUCAGAAAUGGCUUGGUUUGAUUCAAACACAAAUGGAAGGAAAAUCCACUGUUUAGCAGUGAAUGGAAUACCAACACAACUCGGUAUUUCCUCUGAUGCCUUUCUAGCAGGAUUGUGUGCAAGCAAAAACACUGUAUGGGCUCUGCAGCACACAAUUACCUAGCACUGCUCUGGAUUUCUUGUCUGGGUGGAGUGUGAGUGAAUUGACCAAAGAUUUACACUUAACAGAAUUCCAAGAUGAAGAUGUGGAUUGAAAUCCGAAAGGAAGCUGCUACGCAGAACUUGAGAUAUUUAAGUAUUUAUUUGAAGUAACACAAUGUUUUUACUUGGUUUGAAGGAAAGUAUGAUUCAUUGCAACACAAGAGAAAAAAUGAACAGCAUUACUUUGGAAAGGCUGUGCACUCCCAUACUAUUUCUGGCCUGUGCUGUCAGCUCCUUCAAGUGUGCCACUGUUCUUUUAUUAGCUGUUUGAGUGGGCUUUUAACAUUAAAAAUACUGCCCACUAUUGCUCUAUACAAAGGGCCUUUUUAUGAUGCCAUUCAUCAUGUUUUUAAAUGGAAAAGAUGCCUUGUUACAUACUCUCCUGCCAUUCCCUACUCUCACACAUGUAUGAGGUUUCUUCUUUUUUUAACCAGGACUGAUAUACUGAAAGGAGGGAGAGAGACAGUGCACUUACAGUGAGAAAAAUCAACUUUUCAAACUUAUUUAUUAUUUGAAAAGUCCUUCUCACACCUGGUCAGUGCAUAUCAGUUUACACAGGGAAGACCAGCUGUCAAUAUGAAAUGCUCAGAUAGGGAGGUCCUGCCACAAUGUAUGGGAUUGUUGUUUGGGGGAGGGAGGGCAAUUUUGUAUUUUGUAAUAUGGAACACUGAUAUCUAACAAAUAUCCCAAAAUGUGUUAUUUUGAAAAUGGCAUGUAUGGAACAGUCACUCCAACCAAGCAACAGUUCUCUGCAUCUGGUCGUGCUGCCAUGGAGCAUCAAAUGGCUAUGUGAAGGUGCAGGAAGGGGAGUCUCACUUCCGGCCAUCUACCUGAGCAGCUGGCAAAUGGUGCAGCGGCUCACAGCUGUGAGGCAAGGCAGGGGCAUCUACCCCAAGCCUCUCACAAUGGGCAGCUGAUCAGCAUCUAAGCCAGAAGCCCUUCCUGUGAGAACUGCUGUUCUAAAGAGGAGCCCAGAUGCUGUCCAAGCACUCCUUUUCUGCUUCUGGUUCACUGAGAAUCGAUCAAGUUUAGGAGAUGUUUCUGCCCGCCACCAAUGUCUCC